UUAAGGCUUCCAGUUCCGUAGGGUGCCGACGAGGUCGGCAGGCCGAGUAACGGAUGGGACAGUUCCAUAGGGUGCCGACGAGGUCAAUUGGGCAGGCCGAUUAACGGAUGGGGCGGGACAGUGUUUUAAUUAAGGCUUCCAGUUCCAUAGGGUGCCGACGAGUUCAAUUGGGCAGGCCGACUGAGUCAAACUUAAAUAACCAAACAGCAGAGAGAGAGAGAGAGAGAAUAGACAGAUAGUACCUUCACCUUGCAGCUUUAAUGGUUUCCAAUUCCCAGAAUUGGUGUCAUAAAAUUGGUCAACGGUAACUCUAUUCAGCAUUUCUUCUUCUCCAUCCAUUGAGUGGUAUUAUUUCUUGCGAGCUCUGGGUCUGUUCAUAUCGGAUGCGUACCGGGGUUGAUUAAGCUUCUUUUAAUUGCAGAGGAGUUAAUUAAAAGGUUUGAUGGUGGUAGGAGGAGGGGGGAAGCUGAGCAGUAGUAGUACUACUCCUACUCGGUCGCUGCAAGACACACCCACAUGGGCGCUGGCCACCGUCUGCUUCGUCUUCAUCUCCGUCUCCAUUUUCAUUGAACACCUCAUCCAUCUCCUCUCCCAUUGGCUGAAGAACCGCCGGAAGACAUCACUAUUUGAAGCAGUGGAGAAGCUCAAAUUAGUGCUGAUGCUGUUGGGGUUCAUGUCACUCAUACUGGCUGUCACUCAGAGACCCAUUUCCAAACUUUGCAUACCCAACAAGGUGGCAUCCACCAUGCUUCCUUGCCGCACCCGCUUACUCCAAUCCCAUACCACCGAAGCAUUACGGCCUCUGCGACAUCAUGACGAUGAUGAUCAGGACUACUACACAAGGACCAACCAGUACCAGUUCCAUCAUUUAAUUAGUCCCUCCUCCAUGGAAAGACAAUUGGCCAGUGCUACUACUGCUGACACCAGUAGCAACAAAGCCUCUGCAGAUUACUGUGCUUCCAAGGGAAUGACAUCGUUUAUAUCACAAGAUGGAAUCAAUCAGCUCAACAUAUUCAUAUUUGUGCUGGCAGUCAUGCAGAUUGUGUAUUCGGUUCUCACCAUGGCUUUAGGAAGGGCUAAGAUGAGGCGUUGGAAAGUAUGGGAGAAAGAGACUCAAACAGUGGAAUACCUUGCUGCUAAUGAUCCUAAUCGAUUUAGAUAUACAAGAGAAACCACGUUUGGGCGCAGACAUAUGAGCUCUUUCACAAGAACAUCAACUCAGCUGUGGAUUAAAUGUUUCUUUCGCCAAUUCUUCAAUUCGGUAGCUAAAGUCGACUACCUCACUUUGCGCCAUGGUUUUAUCUCGGCGCAUUUGUCGACGAACAACUCCUUUGAUUUCCAGAAAUACAUUCAACGAACACUAGAUGAUGAUUUCAAAGUUGUAGUGGGCGUCAGCCCUUUCAUGUGGUUUGUUGUUUUUAUCUUCUUCCUAGUUGAUGUCCAAGGUUGGAAAAUAUAUUUCUGGGUAUCCUUUGUGCCGCUGAUAUUGGUACUAAUUUUGGGAACUAAACUAGAAGUAAUUGUGGCCAAAAUGGCACUUGAACUGAAAAAUCAAAACAAUGUGACCAGAGGUACUCCCUUGGUGCAGCCAAAUGAUAAUCUCUUCUGGUUCAGCCAACCAAAACAUGUCUUGACCAUUCUGCAUUUCACCCUAUUUGUGAAUGCAUUCGAGAUCGCCUUCUUUGUUUGGGUCAUGUUUCAAUUUGGGAUAAAGUCUUGUUACCUAGAAAAUAAAGUGAUGAUCAUUACAAGGAUGGUGUUAGGGUAAGUGGCAAAUAAUGUUUUUUAAUGAUACAUUGUGCGUGCUGCUAUAAACAGAUGGGAUCACAGCUCAAGAGUGCAGUGUUUGAAGGGGAGACAGCAAAUGCAGUAAAGCAAUGGCACGCAGGUGCGAGGGAGAAGAGGAAGAAACAGCGUGACUCCUCCUCCAGCAAAAGAACUAUUUCCAACAGCAAUCAAGAUCUCUCUUCUCAUCACCGCCAUACCGAAGAAGAAGAAGAAGAAGAAACUCCAUUUCCUUGUAAUAUUGAGAUCACUAAUUAUGAUCACCAAGAAAUCACUGCACAUGAAACAACUCCACCUACCAUUUUAUCACAUAUGGAGAUGUCACAGACCACCAGAAUGCAAAGUUAAUUUCUAUUUUCUAGAAAUAUGCAUAUCCCUUUAGCUUACCUAGUAAAUCAAAAGUAUAUAAUCCUUUUUAGUCCUUUAUUUAAAUUCUUAUUUUUUCC